AUGGGCAUAGCACAGACGAAGAUGGGAAGGAAAAAGAGUAUAGUAAAGAAUUAUGGAGAUGACUCAAAUACAAAUACAACCCCUUUUGAUGAAGUCUCGACAAUUUCUUUUGAUGUUAAUGAUCAAUUUCGGUUUAGAUAUGGACGAAGAUUUCAUAAUUUCACAAAUCUUAUUUAUGACUUACCGAAUGAUGACGACGAAGCUGAUCGUUUGCAUUUAGAACAUUUUCUAAUAAGGACUGUUUGGAAAUCAAAUUUUUCGUCUCCAAUAAUUCCUAAAUUAGAGAGUGGAUGUAAAAGUCUUGACGCAGGAUGUGGACCAGGUGCAUGGGCUUUAGAAAUGGCUUCUGACUAUCCCAAGUCGAAAUUUGUAGGAGUGGAUAUUUCGCCAAUAUUUCCUACAAAUAUAAAACCAUGUAAUUUGACAUUUCAAGUAGCAAAUAUUCUUGAUGGCAUGGAUUUCAGUGACGGAACAUUUGAUUUCGUUCACAUGAGAUUUAUGAUGCCAGCAUUCACACAGGAACAAUGGGAAGUUAAAGUAAUCCAAGAAGUUGUUCGUGUGUUAGCAGUUGGGGGUUGGCUUGAACUUUGCGAAUAUGAAUUAUGUCAAAAUUGUGGUCCAACAUUCGAAAAAAUAUUAAGUUCUCGACGAGAAAUGUGGAUUGGCAUGGGAAUAAAUCCAGAUAUUUCGCAACUUCUUGGAAAAAUGAUGCAAAAUACGAAUCAAUUUGAAGAGAUUCAUCAUGAAGAAAAAAUAAUCCCUAUAGGAAAAUCGUGGGCAGGAAAAAUUGGUGAAGUGGGAGUUGACGACAUAAUUACAAGAAUGAUAGGGAUAAAACCUGCCUUGUUUCCAUUUAUGGGAAUAACUUCAGAAGAAUAUGAUGAUAUGAUGCAAAAGAGUAUCGAAGAAUUUGAUAAAUAUAAAACAUUUUUUGUUACUUAUGAAGUUUCAAUCGUAGCCGCUUUAUUAGGUGGUUUUUCUGUAACCUUUGGACUUAUUUCCUAUUUCAUAAAAGAAAGAAUUUAUUUAUCUGAAUCCCGUAAGUACAUGCUUAAACCUAUUGUAUUGACCUUCGAUGCGAUGUUAAGAAAACUUUAUAUUAUUAUAGUUGUAUGUUUAUCGUGUGGAAUUCUUCUUGGACCGUUUGCGUUAAAUGUUAUCUCUCCUGAAGUAUGGGGAGAUGUUGACGAAAUCACAAGACAAUUUACUAGAAUCGUUAUUGCGAUCCAGGUCAUGGCUGCUGGAGUAGCAUUACCAAAAGCUUUCUUGUGGAAAGAAUUAAAAUCAUUGAUUUUUUUACUUAUUCCUGUCAUGAUAUGGAUGUGGAUUAUAAGUGCUCUUGCAAUUUGGUGGAUAAUUCCUAGACUUUCAUUUUUGGAAGCAAUGUGCAUUGCUUCUUGUAUUGCACCCACUGAUCCAGUUGAGUAUCUAGUUUUGGCGAACUCAGUCGUUAAGGGUAGAUUCGCGGAAAAAUAUGUACCUUUACACCUUCGUAACAUUAUAUCUGCUGAAAGUGGAGCGAAUGACGGUAGUAUGUCUCCAGGUCCCGCUGUCGGGAAGUGGGUUUAUUAUAUUAUGGGAUAUCAGGUGAUUCUAUCUGUUAUAUUGGGAUUCCUUAUUGGAUAUAUCGCGCGCAAGUCAUUACGUUGGGCUGUUGAUAAGAAUUUGAUUGAUAAAGAAAUAUUUUUGACUUUUGCUGUUAUGUUAGCUUUGUUUAUUAUGGGUUCUGUGGCAAUUAUUGGAAGUGAUGAAUUAUUGGCAUGUUUCAUUGCUGGAAAUUCUUUUACUUGGGACGAUUGGUUUCGUCAGGAGACUUUAGGUUCUCAUAUUCAGCAAAUCCUUGAUAUGAUAUUAAACUUGGCAGUGUUUAUUUAUAUUGGAAUGAUUAUGCCUUUUUCAUCUUUUAAUAAUGACGCUCUGGGGUUGUCAUAUUGGAGAUUAAUUCUAGUCGCUCUUUUCAUACUUUUGUUUCGACGUCUUCCAAUCGUAAUGGCUUUAUUGCAUAAGAUACCCGCUUUAAAAACUUAUCGCGAAGGGCUUUUUGCUGGAUGGUUUGGUCCGAUAGGUGUUGGUGCUGUAUUUUAUGCUGAAAUUGCAAAGCGAGCCUUGGAGGAAGAAAGUGAAACUUCUUAUGGAAAUGCGAAAAAACUUGUUAAGCCAGUUGUGUUCUUCAUGGUUCUUUCUUCAAUCGCAAUUCACGGGAUAUCUAUACCUUUGAUCAAAAUCGGGAAGCGUGUAAAUGAGUUUUCGAGGACAACUUCGCUUAAUUUAUCUAUUACAUUGACUUCAAAUUCGAUUAAACGUAAAAAUGAUUCAACCACUGGCAAGGGUGAAACUGUAGAAAGGUCAGAUGAAAAUUUAUCUGGGCCUUCAUUAUCAUCAACUGAUGAUCAAAUUAAAGUAACAAAUAAUCAAGAUAAUCAAGAUAAUAAAGAGGUAGAAAACAGGAUUAUAAUUGAUACUGAAGAGCAAACAACAUCACAGACUAUGUUAUCCUAUGACAAGAAAAAAAUUCCGAUCUCUUCUGAAGUAUCAAUUGCUUUACAAGAUAAAACGGUUUCGGUUUAUGAUGAAUAUGAAAAUACAAUAGUCGAAGAUGAUCAAGGAAGGGUUUUCGUUAUUCCAAAUCCUCCUUGA